AUUUUUCGCAGGCUCCGAGUACGAUCUUGCCCUUCCUCUCAUAGGGAUUCCCCAUUCAGUCGUUGGCUCCCUACUCGUUCGAUUUUCACCUUCCGAAAAAGAGAACGUCUGGAAGAGAUUGAGGUCCGACGGAAAACGUUCGCAUGAUAAUGGCAUCAGGUUCUAUGAGGGACGAGCAUCGUCUCUCCUUUGCAAAGAUUGCUGCAAUGCCUCCACCAUUUGGAUCAGGUGCUUCCAUGCCACCUGACGAGCUACACGAUUCUCAGUCGACUGAAGUUCCAUCGUCUUCUGGACUGUAUGAUUCCCACGACAUUCAUUCUGGCCAGUCAAGCCCUAGCAACACUCAUAACGAUUCCGUUGCCAACGACCGCACUGUCGACGGUCUUUCCCAGGCCGUUCAGGGCAUUGAUUUGUCGGAAAAGAAGUAUCAUGAUGAUCCUGAUUUUCCUAGCGAAGGUCCAGGAAAUGGAUCACUGAAACGAGAAACUUCCUUUGACGAGGAUGACAGAACUCAUCUCUCAAGUUCUUCGACCAAGCCGACGAGUUUCGAUUCGAAGAGCAUGGCGUCAGUCACCACGUUUGCCAUGGAUGAGAAGGACUCUUUGCGUCCUGAUGACAGUGCCAGCGUACAAGCUAUUGAUGAGGAAGAAUCUCUCUCCGGGCCUGCCUCUAACGCACCGAAUUCGUUGACAGGAUCCGAUUCGGGUGCCCGCGGGUUUAGAGAUAUACAAGGACCGCGGGCAAUCCUUCAGCCGACAGGACAAUUGUAUCCUGAUGGGACCCAGCACAGUAACGGUGCCUUGCUUCCCGAUGCGAUUUCUAGCGGCUUUCUUGCCUCCAACUCUGAAGGGUUUCAAGCAGGUCGACCCAUACACGGUUUCCCCUCAGAACCAGAUGAGAAGCUACUCGAGGCCAUGAAGUCCCCGAAAGACCGACUUCUCAUUUUGCAGCUAGAGGAGAAGGUUCGUCAUUUCAUUGAGAACUCCAAGGAGCAUUCGCUGGAACUCCCUCCCUCCAAUGCGUUCGGAAGACUCUUGGCUCACAAAUUGGGCGACUACUACCAUCUGACUCACUUUGUGGAUAAUAACGUCACGUCCGUCAGACUUCACAGGACACCGUUUUGUCGGCUUCCAACGCCUCUCGCCAUGAUAUAUGCAGCGAACAAUAGCACACCCCCACCUGCGAUGCCCGCCAUGAAAAUCAUGAGGCGUGCGGGUAGUGAGCGACCUUCAACCGAAGGCAGCAUCGCAGCAAGCUCUGGUUAUUCAAAGGACGGAUCUGAAGCUGGCGACAGCGGCAACGACGGAGAUCGUGGUGGUUCAUCUACAGGUGCCACUCCGGCCAAAGAUAGACUGGCUUUGACCCGAGAGGAGCGAGAAGCCAAAUAUCAAGAAGCGCGUGAACGGAUCUUCCGAGACUUCCCUGAGUCGAAGGCUGCUGCAGAGACUGUGAAUGGCGAUAGCAGCGCCAACAUGUCGCGCUCAAGUUCAACCAGCGGACGCAAAAAGACGCACCGGCAGAAGACGCCGCAUGACGAUAGCUUCGAAGCCCGGUCACAAUUCAAUGCUUAUUAUCCUGGGAUGCAUUUCGGCAAUGGAUCAGGACCAUUCAAUAUGGCCAUGAAUGAUCCCUCCUUUUCAAAUCAGCCUUGCAUGGUGGGGCCCGGAGUAUCUCCACCGAAUAUGGGCUAUUCUGGUGCACAAACGGGUGCCAUGUUCCCAGGUCCCGUGAACCAGAACACCAUGUCCCAUUACUCGAUGCCGGUCUCUCCACAAAUGACCCCGAGUGGGCCGUGGCCGAAUGGGCCUGUGCCUCAGCAGUCUCCCUUUGCAGGAUAUGCAUCCAUCACGCAGUCCCCGGCAAUGGCGUCGACGAAAUCGUCACCUGCCCUUGGCAGCUAUCCAAUGCCCAAUCCGGUACAAUAUCAGCAGACGCCUGGCUGGUCAACACCGCCUUACCCUGGUGGCUACCACCAUCAGCCUCAUCGCACCCAUGCUCCUGCUCCUACUCCUGCUGCAUGGACGAACUACCAGACGCAACCGCCUAACCCUACCUCUUAUCCUUACACUCAGUACCCGGGUCAACCUAUGAGUCCUGCGAUGCAACCUCACUCUGGCUCCCACCCUAUGCCCGGGAGUUUCAGCCGGUCUCCUUUCAAUCCCCAGACGCGUUCAUUCGUUCCGGGUGGGGCAGCUACAUUAGCACGGCACCCAAACAAGGCUAAUCAACAUGGAAUGGGUCCGUACCCUGGGAUGCAGCCUGGGGUCCUCCCCCAGUGGAAUGGCUAUCAGGAUGUCAACUCCAAGGGUCAGGACACGUUAGGGUCCGCAGGACAGAACCUUCCUCGAGGCAUACCUUCUAGUGGUCGAGAUUCCAUUGCCAAGUGGGGCACGCCGUCUCAUCUUCCGCCCAAGCCACCACCAUCCGAGGUACGAUCUGAAUAUGAUAUCAAGCACCGAAGCGGGCCUGCCUCUACUCCGCCCUUUCCAGGCAGCGCGCUAAACAGCAAAAAUGGACCGCUCGUUGUUUCAGGAGGGACUAUACUACCACGAACCAAUUAACUCAGCGGGCUAGCUAGUACAACUGCUCUGCCGACGGAUUGAUUUCUCACCUGUUUUCUUCUUCUUCAAAAGUGCACAUACUUCUUCUCCUGGCAAGCGCAGGCGAGAGAAACUUGCUAUGGCGAAUUUUAGUAAGGAGCAGAUUGAUUAAAGUAUGGAAAAUGCCGAACCUCCCCGCAGGGC